AUGAACUUGGAAGGAACAUGCUACACAUGCCCUGAGUGUGGGAAACGCUUCAAUCGGAGCUCACACCUUAUCACACAUAGGAAAAUCCACACGGGUGAGAAACCUUAUGGAUGCCCUGAGUGUGGGAAACACUUCAUUGAUAGUUCAGCCCUUAUCACACAUCAGCGAAUCCACACAGGAGAGAGGCCCUACUUAUGCUCUGAGUGUGGAAAAAGUUUCAAUCGGAGCUCACACCUUAUCACACAUCGUAGAAUCCACACAGGAGAGAAACCCUAUAUGUGCUCUGAGUGUGGGAAACGCUUCAUUGGUAGUUCAGCCCUUACUGCACAUCAGCGAGUCCACACCGGUGAGAGACCCUACAUAUGCUCUGAGUGUGGGAAAAGCUUCAAUCAGAGCUCUACUCUGAUCACACAUCAGAGAAGCCACACAAGAGAGACACCCUACACGUGCUCUGAGUGUGGGAAACGCUUCAGUUAUAGCUCAGCCCUUAAUGCACAUCAGAGAAUCCACACGGGAGAGAGGCCCUACAUAUGCUCUGAGUGUGGAAAAAGUUUCAAUCGGAGCUCACACCUUAUCACACAUCGUAGAAUCCACACAGGAGAGACGCCCUACACCUGCUCUGAGUGUGGGGAACGCUUCAGUUAUAGCUCAGCCCUUACCACACAUCAGAGAAUCCAUACGGGUGAGAGACCCUACACAUGCUCUGCGUGCGGGAAAAGUUUCAAUCACAGCUCUACCCUAAUCACACAUCAGAGAAUCCACACAGGAGAGACGCCCUACAUGUGCUCUGAGUGCGGGAAAAGCUUUAAUCAGAGCUCUGUACUGAUCACACAUAGGAGAAUCCACACAGGUGAGAAACCUUAUGGAUGCUCUGAGUGUGGGAAACGCUUCAAUCGGAGCUCAUACCUUAUCACACAUAGGAGAAUACACACGGGUGAGAAACCUUAUGGAUGCUUUGAGUGUGGGAAACGCUUCAAUCAGUGCUCAAACCUUAUCACUCAUCAGCGAAUCCACACGGGAGAGACACCCUACACAUGCUCUGAGUGUGGGAAACACUUCAAUCAGAGCUCAACCCUUAUUAGACAUCAGAAAAUCCACAUGAGAGUGAUCUGCCUUGACUAG